UGCAGCUCCGUGGCCAUCUUUGUGCGGGGCCGCGCUUCCGCCGGCAGCGGGGCCUCCGCAGCGGGGCCGCGGGCGAUGGAGAGGUGGGCGCGCUCGCAGCUGCGGCUGUGGCUGCUGCUGCUGCUCGUCUUGCCGCCAGUGCUGGGCCGCCAGAAGGAGUCAGGUUCAAAAUGGAAAGUAUUUAUUGACCAAAUUAAUAGGUCUCUGGAGAAUUAUGAACCAUGUUUAAGUCAAAACUGCAGCUGCUACCAUGGUGUCAUAGAAGAGGAUCUGACUCCUUUCCGGGGAGGUAUCUCCAGGAAGAUGAUGACCGAGGUAGUCAGACGGAAACUAGGGACCCACUAUCAGAUCAUUAAGAAUAGAUUAUACCGAGAAAAUGACUGCAUGUUUCCCUCAAGGUGUAGUGGUGUUGAACACUUUGUUUUGGAAGUUAUCGGGCACCUCCCUGACAUGGAGAUGGUAAUCAACGUACGAGAUUAUCCUCAGGUUCCUAAAUGGAUGGAGCCUGCCAUUCCAGUGUUCUCCUUCAGUAAAACAUCAGAGUACCAUGAUAUCAUGUAUCCUGCUUGGACAUUCUGGGAAGGUGGACCCGCUGUUUGGCCAAUUUAUCCUACGGGUCUUGGACGAUGGGACCUCUUCAGAGAAGAUCUGGUAAGGGCAGCAGCACAGUGGCCAUGGAAAAAGAAAAAUUCCACAGCAUAUUUCCGGGGAUCAAGGACAAGUCCGGAACGAGAUCCUCUCAUUCUUCUAUCUCGGAAAAACCCCAAACUUAUUGAUGCAGAAUACACCAAAAACCAGGCCUGGAAAUCUAUGAAAGAUACCUUGGGAAAGCCAGCCACUAAGGAUGUCCAUCUCGUGGAUCACUGCAAAUAUAAGUACCUAUUUAAUUUUCGAGGCGUAGCUGCAAGUUUCCGGUUCAAACAUCUCUUCCUGUGUGGUUCGCUUGUUUUCCAUGUUGGUGACGAGUGGCUGGAAUUCUUCUAUUCACAGCUGAAGCCAUGGGUUCACUAUAUCCCAGUCAAAACAGAUCUCUCCAACGUCCAGGAGCUGUUGCAAUUUGUAAAAGCAAAUGAUGAUGUAGCUCAAGAAAUUGCUGAAAGGGGAAGCCAGUUUAUUAUGAACCACUUGCAGAUGGAUGACAUCACUUGUUACUGGGAGAACCUGUUGACAGAAUACUCAAAAUUCCUGUCCUAUAAUGUAACAAGGAGGAAAGACUAUGAUCAGAUUAUUCCUAAAAUUUUGAAAACUGAACUCUAAUAGUUAUCGUUGGACCAUAAUCCUCUCUGUGGCAGCAUAUCUAAUACCCUGUGGUGAGAAGCUUACUAUGAAUGGUGCACCUACACUUUCAAUACAGUUAUCAAGCCAAAUACCUGGUUUUCCUUAUCAUGCUGCAUCCAGAUCAACUCUUGAGAAAGAUCCUCAAUGUGUAUAAUACAGAUAUGGAGCAGCUCAACGCUUUGGCUGAAUAAGGACCAGAAAUCAUGAUAUAUGGGUUUUGAAUCCAACUCUACUCCUCAUUUUCUUAGGACCAAUCACAGCUUAUGCCUCAGAUCAUCCACAUGUGUCCAUCACUGUGACACUGACUGUGUCGAUGGGAUGAUGCCCUUUGUCCCAUUAUUUGGAGCAGAAAAUGAGUCAUUUGGAACUAACAGAACUAAAACAAUUUAUGACCUCAGUUCUGCAGUUAUUCUGGGCUUGAGCUAUUGUAUGUUUUCACAUGGGAGUUGUAAAAAAUACCUGGAGAUCAUCUCCUGGAAGGUCUAAAGACUCAAAAGUUGUGCCAUGCAAUGAUGUAGGAGUUCUCUUUUGUAAAGUAUAAACUCCUUGGUACUCAGGACGUUUCUGUAAGGCCACACAGAAAGGGGCCUAUUCCAUGAAUAAUUACUGCAAUUGAAUUUCAUGUUCCCUUUUUGUGCCUUCACACCCUUCUUUUUAUGGUCUAUAAAAGAAAAGAAAAAAAAACAAAUCUCUUAAUUUAGAAAGCAGUCUUCACUCUUUAAAGUAACUCUGCAUAAAACAACAACUCUUCUACAACCUAAUUUUUUUCCUCCUUAAAUUGGCAACAGUCCAUACUCCUGAUGUCUUAGAGGGAGCUUAAGGGAUCUUCAAAUAUGAAAUGUUAAGUUGGGAGUUUAGAGCAUUCAACGUUAGCACUGACUUAUACAGGAGAUACUUGUUUUAGUACAAAUCCAUGUUGGAGUGUCUCCUUUUUCCUUUUUUUCCUUCCUGAAAAAGACAUUCAGAUAGUAGUUUAAUCUUUCAGGUCCCAACAUAGUCAAAAAUGAAGGAAAAUUUUAGAUUAAAACCUCUAUAGUCUGAUGACUCAGAACCAUCCUUGUCCCUUAGACCAACCUUCCCACAGAGAAAUCAACUCUUUUCCUUUGCCUGUUAGAAUUGUUUAGUAUUAAUUGGUUUCAAAAUUAGUAAGUGUGAGAUUCAGUAAGAAGAGAUUUUAUUCCAUUUAUGAGAAGUGUAUUUGAACUUUUAAACUCCCUGCCACAAAAUUUUAACUCUAAGGACCUUCCUAAAGUAGUUGAAUAUCCCUGGUAAGAUCAUUGCAUGGAAUAAGGCAGACAUUUAAAGUUGAAUUUUUUGUUUUUGAGUAUUAAAAAUUCAUAGGGACCAUAGCGUUAGGUGCUGUAAGUCUAGCUAUAAGCAGUCUGAAUUUCUGAGUUGUCUUGUAGUUUUGUCUGUGUCAUUAUGAGGCUUUGGUAGAUGUUCUCAUUCUCUCUGAAUUUUAAUUUCCUUUCACUGAGCUAGGAACAAAAUUUUCUGUCCUUUGGAUUAGGAGCUGAAACUGAAUUUCCCUGUGAGUGUUUCAAGUUCCAGCUCAAGUUAUCACCUUGUCUCUAAAUCCUUUCUUUCAUUACUCUAGGUAGUUAGAGGCUAUCAUAAUACUUUGCUCAUGCCUAUAUUGGGUAACAUCACAUUGCACUAUAGUUAUCUAUUUCUCCUAUGGUUCUCUGAGCUUCUUAAUGGGUGCAAAUCAUGUUUUAUACAUCUUAAUGUCUCCAUUAUCUAUACAGUUCCUCCAGAGCUCACACAGAGCAGACACUAAAGAAUUAUUGGAAGAAAGGAUGGAUGCAUGGAUAGUUGGAUGGAUGGACGGACGGACGGACGGACGGACGGACGGAUGGAUGGAUGGAGACAGCUGGCUUAACUAGCUCCUAUUUUCAGAUUGAUAAGCAUUGGCUCCUAAGGUGACUGGACAAGACUGUAACAAAUGGAUCAAUGCAAAUUCUCAUCUGCUCAUUAAAGAGGCAGUAGGGCGUCUUUGUAUUUAAAUUCAGCAAAUGUUAUUCAGAUUUUAUACUUAUCUGUUUACCUCAGUGUAAAUGAUAUGAGGAUGAUGUGUGACAAGAUGCAAAAUGUAUGUGUUUGAAAAUAAUUUUAUCCCCAUAACUUUUGAAGGUUGUUGUUCAUAUUAGCUGGGCAAAACUUAGCUAUACUUUUCUUCAAGGAAAGAGAAUAAUGUAGUUCAUUUGAAUGAAGUGGCAUACGGGGAUAACACAA